AAUCAAAUCCAUCCUCAGUGACGAAGAUUCAUCGAUCGAUUAAGAGAAGAGACAAAGAGUAAGAAGAAUCUUAAGCCUUGUUUUCUGGGUUGGCGGACCGAUUCGUGUCGAUAACCGAGUCAUUUGGAUUUGUGGACCGUUCGGAAGGACUUGAUUUAGGCUCUCUUUCUCGCACUCGUACUCUGUCUUGUAUAGCCUUGUGUAGAUACAAACCCUUGUUCUUUAGUGGGUUUGUAGAAGCAAGCAAACUCUACCAGGUGAUCCUGCUUCAAAGGGGUUUCCAAAAUGUAUCCCGGCUAUAGGUGCAUGGACUCAUUGCCCCCUCAGAGAAAUCAAAUGCCCCACACAGAGCAUUGUUAUCCAAGUUCUGAAGGUCUUCCUCACAUGAAAACGGAUGCAUCCAGAUCUCCCGUAACAUAUGAAGCUUGGCCUUAUGGUAGUAACUAUGGCCACUCCAUUCCCGUGGGAUGUCAAGGCUGUUGGGGCCAUGGCUUUUUCCCUGCUUACUAUGGUUUCAGGCCUCCUUAUCCUCAUCAUCCAUGGCCAUCGCCGUUCCAUUGUCAUGGAAUUUAUCCUUCCUUCCCUGACUCCUAUCCUCUUCACUAUGCUCCUCCAUAUUUUCCAAUGGGACAGCCGAGAUACGAGUAUGACAAGAACAUGCCUGGAGGUUAUCCCUGUUGUGAAUGUCCUAAUAACCCAUGUAAUUGGAGAGAAGACAGGCAUCCGCGAAUUGAAGAACAGGAACCAGAUUUUGGAAAGAAAAUCAAUGAUGAUAAUAGAAGCAAUAAUUCGUUGAUUCCUGUUGACUUCAAAACUCGCCCAUUUCCUGUUGUAUGGAUUCCUCCUGGUUACAUGAACAACAGAGACAACAGAGAGGAAAAGAGUCCUAGGGAACCAGGGUUGCAGGCAAGAGAUGAGUACCCCAGUGAUACAAGGGCCAGGGAAAAUUUGAAAUCUUCCCAGCAGGAGCCAAGUGUGUGGAGAGGGUGGUUUCCAUUUGACAUCAACAGAUUGAGAUCUCUGAAGGAUGAUGAAGAUAAGCAAAGUCAAGAACAGCAGCUCGAGAACAAGAAUCAAUUCCCAUUCCCUAUUUUUUGGAUGCCUUACAAGGCUGAACGAGAGGAAAGACAAGACCAUAAAGAGGAAAACACUGAUGGGGACACUGAAGAAAAACCAUCUUCAGCGCUAAAGGUUAUCUCGGCUAGCUCUCCUGGCCGCAAUGACGUCACAAGCCAACAUGGAGUGACUGAUCAGAAUGUUGGUGGUGAUGUUGGUUUAAAUACAGCGGAGAAGAAAGGUAGCGGAGAGAAAAUAAUUUUUAUGAAGCAACCUGAUGAGCGUGGUGGGAAAAGGAUUGGGGAAAAAGUAACUGAGCGGAAGGACAGAGAAAUUGCUGUGAAAGACACAGAAGGCAGCGGGGAGAAGCAGCCUUCUGAAAAGGAUACUAAAAGAUCAUCCUCUUCUCCAACUAAGACAUCCAAGCUGCCUCCUGUUUGUCUGAGAGUUGAUCCUUUGCCAAAUAGGAAAAAUGGCAAUGGCAGCUCGAGGUCUCCUAGUCCUCCUGGUCACAGGGGAAAAUCACCAAAAUCUCCCUGCCCAAGUGCUGAAGAGAACUCUCAAGAUGAUAGACAAUCUGUGAGCCGUUCUCUAAACAAGAGCAAUGGGGUAGAGCCAAAUGAAAGGCAUGGAAGAGUGGUCGAGGUAGUGGAUGGUAUAACCAUGCAAGACAGAAAUGAAGAUAACAAAAUUCAUGAGCAGAAUGGUGUUCCUCUUAAUUUACCUAUUGAUUCUUGUGAGAAUACUGUGAUGGGCCAAGGAGCUAGCAAGGCUGGAAUAGGUGGCGAUGUAAGUAAUCUCAAAGAGGGUGAAGAAGUAAGAGACACAGAAGACAAGAAAUCUGAGGUAGCAAUGAAAUCAGAGGAUGCAACAAUUAGUUGUGAAUCAGGGGAUCUAUCCGAGAGCAAAGAGGAUACAGGAGCAAGGCAGACAGGAAAGGAAGACAUUGAGGAAACAAAGAAAGAAAAAAGGAAAAGCUUAACAGAGGCUGAAGCAGCUACUACUAUUCAAUCGGCUUAUCGUGGAUUCGAGGUGAGGAGAUUGGGAACCCUAAAUAAAUUGAAGCAAAUGGCUAAACUGAGGGAGCAAGUGGCUGAGGUCAGAACGCGUAUUAGCGCUUUGGAGUCUUAUCCUGAUAUGAUCAAGGACGACAGAAAAAGGCUGGAAAUGGGAGAAACUAUAAUGAGCCUUCUGCUAAAACUGGAUACUAUUCAGGGCUUGCACCCAAGCAUCAGAAAUUUUAGGAAAUCAGUGGCAAAGGAGCUCGUGAGUCUUCAGGAGAAGCUCGAUUCUCUUACUGCCAAGAAAUCUGAAGUGUCCCCUGCCAAAAUUAUGGAAGACCCUCCCAUGGACACUGGAGAAGAUUCUUCCGUACAAGGAGAACAAAAAGAUGCCGAAGCGGUGCACAGAAGCACGGAUAUUGUUGAGGGCAGUAAGGAUAAUAGGACUGAUUCAGUGGAUCAUUGGGAAGAUCAGGGAUUCUGUCCUAAAGAAUCAGUAUCUGGUACCCAAGGUGUGGAAAAUUCAGAGCUAAUGAGCAAUGAAGGCUGUAAGGAGUCUAACAAGAAAAUUACAGAAGCUCUGUUGGGAAGCAGUGCGGACUCUGGCAAGGAAGGACGAGAGACGGGCCAUAAACUGGAAGAUGCUUUGAACAAUGAGGGACUUGAUAAUGGUCAAACAAUGAUGCUGAGUGCUCAGGUUCAGAAUCUAGAGAGCAAAUUACCCAUCGGGUCCAGUCCAGUGGGCACAGAAGAGGAUGUCAAUUCUGUGGUGAAGGCGGCUGUACAAGGGGUCUCUGGUCAGCAACUUGCAGCAGAGUCGUCCCAGAGGAAUGAAAAGAUUGAAGCAGGGAGAUGUGAGGUCCUGGCAGGUGGAGAAGUCGAGUCUUCUUCUGCAAUUGACGGAACAACAAUCGAUGAUGAAGCUGUGGAUGGUAACCAAGUGCAGCGACCAUCGGAGGCACUGAGUGAAGAGCCAGUCAAAGCCAUUUUAGAGGAUGAGAGUAGAAGACAGGGGGAUUUUGAACUGCAUAAGGGUACCAUGGUUGAAUGGAAGGGACAAGGAGAGACGGUUAGUCCUAUAAACAUGGACGUGCAUAUGGAGAAAUCUAGCAGAGGGAAUGAGGUCAGUUUAAAGGAGAAUGAACCCCUUGAGGAGGAGCUCACUGUGCGCGCAGGAGGAGGAGGUAGUCCUGUGGAUGACUUUCUGGAUAAAGCUGAACUAAAGGAAACUCGGCCAGAGUUGUCACCAACAGAGAAUGAAACAAAUUCUGCAGAUCCCGCUUAUAAGCCACAGGAACUUCACCCGGAGCUCUCACUUGCCGAUAAUGAAAUAAUCCAUGGUGGAGAAGCUUCUAAACAAGAGGAACCUCUUAUUAACACCACAUCUCUGCAUAAUGAACUUCAACAUGGCAGGGAAGAGAAAGAUGACAGUGAAGUGGGGAGCGACACGGACAAAUGCUGGGAAGAGAAGGAAGUGGCCAUUGAGGAAUUAACUGAAGGUGGCAAGGUGGAACCACAAACAGUUACAGCUGGAGGUGAAAAUCAAGAUUUAGCGCAGGAUGUUAGGCAAAAAUUUGAACAAGAAGUGCCAGCAACAGUUACCGGCAAUGAUGAAGUCAUUAAACAAUCACUUGGAUCUGAAGCUGCAGAUGAUGAGGCCAUGAAGAUUGUGACAAAGCCAGCCCCAACAGGCGCAGAGCAAAACGAAGGUGAUGUUUUUCCCAUGUCACCGACUGCCAGCCAGCAGAGUGAAACGGGGUCAGAAAGUGGGAGAAAAUUGGUGGAAGAGAACGAGAAGUUGAGGAAGAUGAUGGAGAAGCUGAUAGAAGCUGGGAAAGAGCAACUGACUGCCAUAUCAAACCUGUCCGCCAGAGUGAAUGAGUUGGAGAAAAAAGUGCAAACCAAGAGGAAAGUGAGGACAGGGCGAGUCAGGGCUCGAUGCCUGUCAAAUGAUCCUGUUAAGGGGAGGGCACGUGGAAUUGCAGCGUAAGAGCUAACUAUUCAGUGUGCGCAAUUGGAGGAAUUCAGAAGAAAAGUUGAGGCAGGGGGGAUGGAGUAGUUGUAUCCUGUUCAUGUGUGAUGAAUCAAUCACCUACUGUUGUGUAAUCUCUUACUUCCAUGUAUAAUAAAACUGCUAAGUUUUCUUUUUU